AUAAUUAUUCUAGCACUAUAAAUGCUCCAACCCACAUGGGCAAAGCAAAACUUCAACUGAACCCAAACCCUGUACAUAUAUUUUAAUCACCCAGCGCCGGGUAGUUCAAGUUGUCAGUAAUAAAACCCAAGUUUCAGAAAUUUUCAGCACAAAACUCGCAGAAAGAGAUAGACAGAGAAUAGAAGAACGUUUGUUCUGUGCUUCCAAGGUGUUGAAAUUGGUGAAGGAGUAAUUAAGCUUUCUUGCAAUACCCGUUUGUGUUGGAUACUACAUUUCUAGAAUCAAAAUCUUGAAGAAACACCUAGUUUUUGUUAUGUGUAUGGAUUGGAAGAAGAAGACAAGGCCAAUGUGAACAAAUGAACUUGGAUUCAGCAAUAGAAACAAGGAAGAGAAAUUUCUCAAGCAUGGAUUUUAGCUGGUGUUUGAGCUCUCCAAUCAUUUCAACCUUUGUACAUUUUCUUCUUGUUGCUUCUCUGUUUUGUCCUGUUCGUUCCUCAGAAAUGAGGAACACCCCAGAUGCCAACAACACUUUUCGGCCACAAGAAGAGGUUCAUAAAUUGAACAUCAUAAGAAGUCGUCUUCAGCAAAUCAACAAGCCUUCUAUUAAGACAAUUCAGAGUCCUGAUGGUGAUAUCAUAGAUUGUGUUGUAUCUCAUCAGCAACCAGCUUUUGAUCACCCUCUAUUGAAAGGACAAAGACCACUGGAUCUUCCAGAAAGACCCAAAAGCCAUAAUCAUAAGGACAUGUUGAAUGAAAAUUUUCAGCUAUGGACUUUGUCAGGGGAAUCAUGUCCAGAAGGUACAGUUCCAAUCAGAAGAACAACAGAACAAGAUAUGUUAAGGGCUAGCUCUGUCAGCAGGUUUGGAAGAAAAUUAAGAAGAAGAGUUAGAAGGGACACAAACAGCAAUGGACAUGAGCAUGCAGUUGGGUAUGUGAGUGGACAACAGUACUAUGGAGCAAAGGCUAGCAUAAACGUGUGGGCCCCACGCGUGGCAAAUCAAUAUGAAUUCAGCUUGUCCCAAAUGUGGGUCAUCUCUGGUUCAUUUGGGGAUGAUCUCAACACCAUUGAAGCUGGUUGGCAGGUCAGCCCUGAGCUCUAUGGGGACAGUUACCCUAGAUUCUUUACUUAUUGGACGAGUGAUGCAUAUCAAGCAACUGGAUGCUACAAUUUACUGUGUUCAGGCUUUGUUCAAACUAAUAAUAGAAUUGCAAUUGGAGCUGCAAUCUCUCCAACUUCUUCAUAUGGAGGAGGACAAUUUGAUAUUAGCUUGCUCAUCUGGAAGGACCCAAAGCAUGGGAACUGGUGGCUUGAAUUUGGAGCCGGAAUAUUAGUUGGGUACUGGCCAUCAUUCUUGUUCACUCACUUAAGAGAUCAUGCAAGCAUGGUUCAAUUUGGUGGAGAAAUUGUGAAUUCAAGAACUUCAGGGCCUCACACAUCAACCCAAAUGGGCAGUGGGCAUUUUGCAGGAGAAGGUUUUGGAAAAGCUUCUUACUUUAGAAACUUGCAAGUUGUGGAUUGGGAUAAUAACUUGAUACCCUUGUCAAAUCUCAAGGUCCUAGCGGAUCACUCGAAUUGCUAUGAUAUUCAAGGAGGGAUUAACAAGGUUUGGGGGAAUUACUUUUACUAUGGUGGACCUGGGAGGAAUGUGAGAUGUCCCUAAGGGAAAGAAUAUUUAUAUAGAAAUCAAUCCUUUUUUUUUUUUUUAUCUUUUGCCAUUUUUGGGUUUGGGUGAUAUUGGUUUUGCUUCUCAAGGAGCUUGGGUAAAUUAUUCUUAUAUUUAAAUUAAAUUCCUUUGUUGAUCAGGAUUUUUGUUGUUGUUGACUAACAUGUCAUCAUUGAUUAUACCAUUAGCACCUGGACUCUUAUGUAAAUCUUGAAAGAGAAAUAGUAAAUAUACUACUGUUCUAGUCA